UGAUCUAGUAGUUUUUGUGGUCAGUGACUGCGACGACAACGGCGAAAACGCAUCCCGAAUGCACGCGGCGCGAAAAAAAGGUUCGACUUUGAACUUGCUUGGUUUCCCGAUACGCAUACGAAACGUACCGGUAAUACGCACAUAGUGUAAUACGUGAAUGAUUUAAGUGAAAUAUUCGUUAAAAAAAAGACACCGCUCUUAAAAAUCUGAAAAAGAACCUCUCCGAAGAGCGCGAUUAAAAAUCAGUGAAAGUGAAAAAAAAAUCAAUAAUUUAAUGAUAAUUAAGUGAGAACACACAGCCAUUCUCACAGCCAUGCAAAUUAGCGGCAACAACAAUAGCAACAAAGCAAUGCUAUUGAUUUAUUUUCUGCUGGCCACUUUAGCUGGUCAAAUACCAACAAUUUGCAGCCGUCGUAUACUCGGUAUAUUUCCACACUUUGGCUAUAGUCACUUCAAGGUCUUCUAUCCGCUGUUGCGUACAUUGGCUGAGCAUGGUCACCAUAUCACUGUGGUGACCCAUAUCAAGGCAUCGAGCGAUACAAAACCUCCGAAUUAUGAAGAAUUGUUGCUGGGUGGACAUCCCACUGGGAAUUUUGUUACCUUUAAUCAAGUACUACCACGACGUCCACUGCACUAUCUCCUGCUCGAGGCGGAAUUAUUGCAUAGUGAAGGACAAAAAUCUUGUAAGAAAUUCUAUGAGAGCGGUCAUGUUGAAACGAUCUUAAAAUUGCACGAGCAACAGCCAUUCGAUUUGGUCAUCACAGAGUUCUUCAAUACCGAUUGCCAGUUGGGCAUUCCAUAUUUAUUGCAAGUACCGGUGGUGGGCUUAAGCAGCUGCCUAUUGAUGCCCUACUACUACGAUCGUAUUGCGUUGCCAGAUUUUCCAUCUUAUGUGCAGUCUGAAUUCGUCGGCUUCCCGGAGGAGUUGAGUUGGCAUCAGCGUCUGUUGAAUUUCGUACAAAUGAAGUUCAUUAAGAACCUCUAUCGCUACCGCACAAAUUACUACGAUCGCCAAUUGAUCAAGAAAUACCUGAAUGUGGAUUUCGAUGUUGAUGAAUUCGCUAAACGCAGCACCAGCUUAAUUUUGGUCAAUCAACAUUACACCUUUAAUGGCAAUAAACCGUUGACGCCACAACUAAUCGAAAUGGGUGGCAUACACAUCGAAGAGAAGGCGACAACAGCCACCUUGCCAGCGGAAAUUGAGAAAUUCUUGAAAAAUGCACCACACGACGGUGUACUCUUCGUUAGUUGGGGUUCCAUGGUACGCGCCUCCAGCAUGCCCAGCGAGAAAGCGCAAGCAAUAGUGAAGGCACUCGAGCAACAGCCCUUCAAUGUGAUUUGGAAGUGGGAGAGCGAUGAGUUGCCAACGAAAAGCAAGAAAUUUCUAUUCGUAAAAUGGGCGCCGCAGCUUAGUUUGUUGUGUCAUCCAAAGGUGAAAAUAUUCUGGGGUCACGCUGGCCUACUCGGCACUACGGAGAAUGUUUACUGUGGCAAACCGAUAAUUACCACGCCGCUCUAUGGCGAUCAAAGUGUUAAUGCGUAUGCAAUACAAAAUCGUGGUGCGGGCACUAUUCUGCUCUACGACGAUAUAAAUGAAAAGAAUUUAUUGGCAACGCUAAAGGAGAUACGCCGCAAGAGUUAUGCUGAGCAUGCUGCUGCAUUGUCGCACAUUUUCCGUAAUCGCGACAUGAAACCGCUGGACAAAGCUGUUUGGUGGGUGGAACAUCUGCUGCAGGAGCAGGGCAAAACGGCACACAAGCUAUUGCAAACAAAGGCGACUAAAUUGAAUUGGUUCGUCUAUUAUUCACUGGAUAGUGUGUGCAUUUUGCUUGGCAUUGUCGCGGCUGUUAUUUUCAUUGCUCGUGUGGUUUUGCGUCGAUUGUUGGCUAUUUUCAAACAAAGCAAACCAAAGAAUGCCAAAGUGAAGACUAAAUAAAACGAAAACUACACGAAUAUCUAUAAUUUGUAUAGCGAAUUUGUAAAUAAAUAUGUAUGUCUAUAACUUAUUCUACAGUCCAUAAGUGCAAGUGUGAAUAUUUGAAUCAAUUAGCAAAAACGAAUUUAAAUUUUGUAAAUUUUUUUUUGAAGCAAAAAGGGAAAGAGUAAAUAUAUGUACUUUAAUAUUCUUAAUUAUGUACAACUAACUUUAUCCCAGAUUUUGAUAUUUUGCAAUGCUUAAGAAAAAAAGUAGUCGCGAGUACCAGGUAUGCACUCAUACAAUUUGAUGUGUAAAAAUAUGUGCCCUGAAAAAGAGGUAACAUCAGCAUUGUGACAUCUCUCGGCCGCGCUUAGAAAAAAUAACCCUCGACAGUCCAACUCUGGCGACGCUAUCCACAGUAUUUUGCCGCAGGCAUAAUUAAUAUAAUAAAUUUUGAAAACUGAAAUCAGGAAGCUAUAAAAAAAUGAAAUUAGAACGCCGAAGGAAUAAGAAGGCAGCCUUAAUUCACGCGGUCUUAAUUCCAUUCACCUGAAAAGAACAACUGGCACGAUGAGGAAUGACACGAAUCUUCAGAACGUAACGCGAACAAAAACAACAAUAAAUUGCUACACGAAGCAAUCAAUACUUUCACGAAGCUAUGUGCCAAAAAAAGUAAAACUGCGUUUUUGGUUUCUCUCUCUGAUGUCAGUAUUUUUUU